GUGGUUAUCUUCUUAGUCUUGCUGGUAUGGUGGCUGGACAUAUCCCCUGAUGUUGGCUAUGAUUUCCUGGACUACUUCUCUGGAAAGGCUCGCUUGUCACUCAUGGCUGAAGGGGCUGGAUAUCGAGUACAAGCAUAUGACAAGUCUUAUGGGGACUUCCGUGGGGCCAGAAAGGGCAAGAGAUCAUGCAUGGACCUCAAUUCAAAUGCCGGCAUGGUGAUAGCCAUAUCGUUGAUUUUGCGGUCCAAGCUGGAUCAUCUCGUGGCGGCCUUCGGGGUGGUUUGCUCUACUUGGGUGCCUGUUAACAAAGGCACCUCUAAGCGGUGCUACCUGUGCCCACAUGGUGACGAGUCUGUGGUGAGUGUUCGCAAAGCCAACAAGAUGAUGGCCAGGAGCACCAUCUUGAUGUACUUGGUCAUCGCCGCAGGAGGCCACUACGUCCUGGAGAAUCCGCAAGGGUCUUUGAUUGCACUUCAUGAUCGCUACGUGCAGUUUCUGAAACGAUUGCUGGCCAAGGGUGUCACAACGUACAAAGCAUCUUUGUGGAUGCGGAAGUUCGGUAGCUUCACCUGGAAGCAGACGUGGCUAUGGUCUAGUUCAGACCAAAUCUAUCGCCUGGACUUGGGAACUUUGACACCUGAGGACAAGAAUGGAAAGCUGUGUUGGACUGCCACCGAAAACUUGAAGCCCACGCA